ACAGGUGCGUUCGUGAUGUCACAACCAUAGUUACUGGAGCGCGAGGGAGUAAGAUUUUAUUCAAAGCAAGUUUGUUUUUUAUUGUGCACACAGGUGUAGUAACACCUUUAAAACGUAGUUUUAUACUUUUUGAUUAUUUAACUUCGACUUGAUUUACCUGGCAAUUGGAACGUUUUAGACCAAUAUAAACUAGUAGAGGUGGAGGAAAGGAUAGGAAAUGGGUAAAAAAGUGAAGGAAGAGAGCUUGGAUUCCGUAGAUUCGUCGGAAUAUGGGCAACCUGCUCAGUAUGACCCCACCUUCAAUGGACCCAUUCGGAAAAGAGGCUGCACUGAUAUCAUCUGCUGUGUUCUCUUCAUGGUCGUGAUCCUUGGCUACAUGGUGGUGGGGAUUUUGGCCUGGCUUUAUGGUGAUCCCCGGCACGUCCUCUACCCACGGAACUCUACCGGAAUGUUCUGUGGCAUCGGUCUCAAUGAAGCUAAACCCAGUGUGUUCUACUUUGACAUACUGAAAUGUGCCACAUCACUCAACAUCAUGGCCGCCGUCCUUAAUGGGUUACAGUGCCCCACCACACAGGUGUGUGUGGAAAAGUGCCCAGAUGUGUUCUGGGCUCUGAAUCCUGUUGCCUACUCAACGGAUGCGAAGCCACAAGAAUACUUCAACCAAUCACUCUGCGUGCCAUCCUUUGACCUAGCAACAACUACACUGAAAGUAAAAGAAAUUGUGGAUCAAGAGCUGUGCCCGUUCUUCUACACUCCUACAAUCUCUGUGCUGGGAAGAUGCAUACCUGAUGUUGGCGCACUGAAAAAUAUUCCUAAUGACUUUGCCAAUACGCCAGGCUUGCCAUCAAGCAUCAAUGAUACAGUCAAUGGCAUCAGGAACGCCACAGGUGACAUAGUAAAUGGCUUCAAUGCCAAGGAGGUCGGAGUGAGAAUCUUUGAGGACUUUGCAUCAUCAUGGCAGUGGAUCAUCGCUGCUCUAGUCAUAGCCAUGGUGGUCAGUUUUCUGUUCCUCCUUCUGUUGCGGUUCAUCGCCCCUGUUAUGGUCUGGGUCCUUAUAUUUGGAGUGUUGGCAGUAGGUGCCUAUGGUAUAUAUCACUGCUGGUGGGAAUACGACAACUACAGCAAGUCGACCGUCUCCAUCACUGACAUAGGCUUCACCACCGACUUCAAGGUCUACCUUCAGGUCAAGGAGACCUGGCUGGCCUUCUUGAUAAUCCUGUCUGUGGUAGAGGGCAUUCUUCUCCUGACCUUGAUCUUUCUGCGGACCAGAAUCCUCAUCGCCAUCGCUCUCAUUCAGGAGUCCAGCAAGGCUGUCAGUCACAUGAUGUCUACGCUGUUCUACCCUCUCGUCACCUUUGUUCUCCUGGUGGUGUGUGUGACCUACUGGGGCAUCACUGCUCUGUAUCUGGCCACUUCAGGCAUUCCAGUGUACAAAGUCGUGGCUCUCAACUCUACUCAGGAUAACUGUGGCCAAAUCAGCGGCAAUGUGACCUGUGACCCACAGACAUUCUACAACUCUACAGACUACUCAUGGUGCCCGUCGGCGCGCUGCAUCUUCAUAAAGUACAACAACGAGGGCCUGCUGCAGAGAAACCUGUUCAACCUGCAGAUCUACAACGUGGUGGCCUUCCUGUGGUGCAUCAACUUUGUCAUCGCCCUCGGCCAGUGCACCCUGGCCGGGGCCUUCGCCUCCUACUACUGGGCCUUCAGCAAGCCCUCGGACAUCCCCACCUUCCCCCUGUCCCAGGCCUUCAUCCGCACGCUACGAUACCACGUUGGCUCCCUGGCGUUUGGUGCUCUGAUCCUCACCCUCAUCCAGAUAGUUCGGAUCAUCCUGGAGUACCUGGACCACAAGACCAGAGCGGCUCAAAACCCCUGUGCUCGGUUCCUCAUGUGCUGUCUGAAGUGUUGCUUCUGGUGUUUGGAGAAGUUCAUCAAGUUCCUCAAUAGAAACGCCUACAUCAUGAUUGCCGUAUAUGGAAAAAACUUCUGUGUCUCCGCGAAAAACGCAUUCAUGCUUCUAAUGAGGAACAUUGUCAGGGUGGUGGUGCUAGAUAAAGUGACAGACCUGCUGCUGUUCUUUGGGAAGCUGCUAGUGGUGGGAGGAGUAGGUGUCCUGGCUUUCUUUUUCUUCUCUGGCAGAAUAAGAGUACCAGGCAGCAAUUUCCGUACUGAAAUGCUCAACUAUUACUGGAUGCCCAUUAUUGUGGUUGUCGUGGGAGCGUACCUCAUUGCUCAUGGAUUCUUCAGUGUGUACAACAUGUGUGUGGACACACUCUUCCUCUGCUUCUUGGAGGACUUGGAGCGACAUGACGGAACGAUGCAGAAGCCAUACUACAUGUCCAAGAACCUGAUGAAAAUCCUCAAUAAAAAGAACAAGGGACCUAAAAAGGGCAAAUGAAAGGAUUGAUGAAAUAGUGCCUUGAGAUUAAUCACUGUAUAGCACAGUCACUUUCAACAACCAAGAAAUAUCCUAGAAACAUCACAUCCUAGAAAUAUAAUUUUUGUUUUUUAAAUAUUUCAGCCUUAUAACACCUUCAGUUUACACAAAGUUGAUGACUUUUCUGCACUUUCAAUUUGAGAUUACGUGUGUGUCCACACGAGUGUGAUAGAUAUGAGAGAUAUUUUCUUACAUUCCAGCUAUUCCUUCUAACAAUUUGAAGUGACCAAAGCUAGAGCUGUUUAUUAGUCUCUGACCAAAACCAAAUGUUUAUUCUCUUGCAGUGCUUAUUCUUUUUCAGAAAAGAGACCGUUUUCUCAAGUCAACUAAUUAUUUAUCAGAUAGAACAAAAACCUUUGAGACAGAGAUAAUCGCCAUAAUUGUUUUAAAUACUUUUUUAUGAUCCUCAGUACUCUGUAUAUGAUUUCAGUUUAAGGUCUCAGUUUUUUAUUUGUUAAAGUAACACUAACAAUUUUAUUAUGAUUCAAUUUUUUUUGAUUGAAUAUAAUAUUGUAGAUAUUUAUUAAUCAUUUUGACAAUUUAUUAAAGAUUUUUAUAACGGUAUUACAUUUUUUUGAUCCAUGCUGACAUCACAUGUAUAUUGCCUUGCGUAAUGAUGGAUUCCUCUAUAGGAAAAUAGCUCUGGUUUAAUUCACACAUCUGCUUGAAGCAGUGGUGCAUGUGAUCUUCUGAAAUGCUCUGUUGAGAAUCAUGACACUUGCAGGCUGCAGGCGCUUGUACAUGGGCGCUGAAGACAAAGCUCUCUUUAGCAGAACUUAUCGCAAGUCAGAGGUAUGAGGUGUCUGGACUGGGCCCAGAUGUCUAUUCUUAUUAAGUACUGGACCCUGAAACAAAUCAAAUUCUGUCUAGAGUGAGCGUGUCCAUCCAUUUGGCUGCACUAAACACAACGAAUUUCAGUUGUCAAGGAUCAAUGUUAAUUUACCUCACAUACUACUACACAAUAUCUCAUGUCAAAAUCUCACUACAUUCCUCAACCUCUUGUCUCCUGAGACCCAGAGAGAAAAUGCACGUGGGAGUCUGCAGUCAUGUAUUGUAUCAUGUGAUCUACUUCAGGAGAGACUCAUCACGUGAUCGGUCAAUGUUCCAGUACAUGAGAGCGUGUGCCUUUACUGUUAAACCAUUUGUAAUAAUUAGGCCCUGUGUUUUGGUUGAUCAUGUCACAUGACCUGGAUUUUAAGCUUUAUUUUUAAAACUUCUUCAUUAAACUUUCCCCUUUUUCUUUUUAUGUCAGAUGGUCCAGCACCAUCCUCAGACAAUUGCUUACAUUUUUGUUGUAAUUCUAUUUUCUGGAAAAUGAUUAAAAUAAAGGUUAAUAUCCAGGUCAACCAAAACAAAGGGCCCAACUGAUAGUAUUACAUUGCAAUAUGCGGGUAUACAAUAACCUGUGCAACCGGUCGUGAGUUUCUGACUUUUGUUCUCUUAGUCAUAUGAUCAGCUCAACUAUAAUCAUAUUACAAGCAUAGCAAUAGAUGGCAUACACCUGAUCCAGCUAUUUUAGUUUACUGUGAAGCUGAGCAUAAGCUGCUUGAACAUACACUGAACAAAAAUAGAAACGCAACAUGUAAAGUGUUGGUCC